AUGGAGCCAAAUUCAGAGGACGUUUCUGCGGCUACUGUUGAAGUGAGUGAAACUACAGCCCCUGAAGGUGAAAGAGGCGAACCCGCAGCGAAAAAACUGUGUUUAAAACGAAGUUAUGCGAGCGAAUGGCAAAGUGAAGGCGGCGAAUGUUCUAGGACGACUGCAACGACAGUGAAACUAGAAAAGCGUUUAUCAACUGUCCUUUGUUGUACUGUAUGCCUAGAUCUGCCACUUAGCACGAUCUUUCAGGUAUUUAUAUAUUCUUACCAAUUGUAUUUAUGACAUUGGCAUAAAGUUUGAAAUAUACCAUGUAAAUUUUUACAUAUGCCAAACUGAUUGCAUCAGUGAUUCAGCGAUAUUGAAACAUAUAAUGCUUUAAUUAGCAACACAAAUACAAUAUAUAAUUGUGAAAUACUUUACUUACUGUUUGUCAUGGGGGAAAUUAUAAUGAGAUUGUGAAAAAUCUUAUUUUGUGAUAUACAAAAACAAUGUCUGGGCUAUAUAAACAAAUUUGUUGUAUUGUUUAUAUAAUAGUCACACCUAUAACCCUAAGUGUCAUCACUGUCAUGUGACCUUGGGGAUCACAGUAUGUAGUGCCCACACCUAAAUAUAUGUACAACUGAGGCCUUUUUCCUGACUACUUAUAAUCUCCCUUGUGUUGUACACUACUUACAGCUUGUACUGGCAAAAUAACCUGUGAAUAAAGCAAUAAGCUCUGUAGAAGUUGCUGUCAGAUCAUUUUAUAACUCGGCUUGUAAAAAGUAUAUAAAUAAAACAAACCUUGAUUUGUUCCUCUAGUGUCCAAAUGGUCACCUUAUGUGUGCUGGUUGUUUAAACCAUCUACUGGCAGAUGGUCGGUUAAAGAAUGAGAUGCCAACAUGUCCAAACUGUCGUAUUGAGAUCACAGAGUCGCUAUGCAUGCGAAAUCUGGCUGUUGAGAAGGCUGUGUCAGAACUGCCUACCAAGUGCAAAUUUUGUCAAUGUGAUGUACCUCGCUGUCAUAUUGGGAAACAUGAGAAAGAUCUGUGCUCUGACAGGUAGGUGCCCACCCCUAUGAGUAAUUGGUUCAUAUAGGUGGGUUUCAGUAACAGGACAGCAAAUGAUAAAUAGAAGCAAAAUACCUCCAAAUAAAAGACUACUACUUAUAAUGAAAGGAAUCAACACUACUCUCUCACCCUGAUAACCGCUGGUCGACCAUGAUCUGUAAUGCAAUGUGGAACUCACUUAUUAGUGACAUGGUGGUGAAAAAUAAGACUGCAUAUUUUUGUGACUUCAGGUUAGUUUCAUGCAAAUACGAGAAGAUUGGCUGUCAUUGGCAAGGAACUUCACAAAAACGGGUGGAUCAUGAGGAACGAUGUGCUCAAGCAAGAAAAACUGGUUUGGAAAUCAUGGAAAAUUUGGAGAAAUGUUCAACAGACGAGGAGACAAAAUUUAACUUAUAUCAAUCGAUAUUUGCCCUGUUGUCUUAUGGCAGAACUUCAAUACAUGGUAUGGUACACACAGUAACUAUUUGACGUGGAAUUCAGUAAGCACUACAGGGUAGCACAUGUGGUGAAGAAAUGUUGAUAACUACAGCAUGAUGACGCUUAGUGAAACCCACCUACUAUUAAAACAGUAUUAAUUUCUAAGAAUUCAUCUCUAACUUUUCCAGAUUUACAGUUGCGACCAAGACGUACUGAUGACUUCAUUCCAGAACUUUUCUAUGAAAGCAAUCGUUUCACGUGUUUUGGCAAAGAUUGGAUGCUCAGAUCUCAAGUUGUUGGCAAUGAGAAAAGUUUGAGACGAGGAUUUACAUUUCAGUUGAUUCUCACAACAAAAUCCAACGUGUUUGUUAAAUUUAUAUUUGUACGAAGUCCUUAUGGAGACCUUGAUACAAAUCCUGUCAUCUUCCAGCAUGAGUUUACACAAGAUAGUCAAGAAUCGCUCGAACAAGAUUUGCCAGUAUCGCAAGAUAUUGAUAUCAAUAAGUUGCUUGCUGCUAGAGUGGUAUCUCUCAGGCUCAUUAUGUUCCUGGGCAAAACAUAG